CUGCACUACGGGACCCUCCUGGGCAGCAGAGCUUGUGUCCACAUGGCAGCAGCUGCCUGGGCCACUGGGUUUCUCAAUGCUCUGCUGCACACGGCCAAUACAUUUUCACUGCCCCUGUGCAAGGGCAAUGCCCUGGGCCAGUUCUUCUGUGAAAUCCCCCAGAUCCUCAAGCUCUCCUGCUCACACUCCUACCUCAGGGAACUUGGGCUUAUGGUGGUUAGUGCCUGUUUAGUUUUCAUGUGUUUUGUUUUCAUUGUGGUGUCCUAUGUGCAGAUCUUUAGGGCCGUGCUGAGGAUCCCCUCUGAGCAGGGACGGCACAAAGCCCUUUCCACCUGCCUCCCUCACCUGGCCGUGCUCUCCCUGUUCCUCAGCACUGCCAUGUUUGCCCACCUGAAGCCCCCCUCCAUUUCUUCCCCAUCCCUGGACCUGGUGGUGUCUGUUCUGUACUCUUUGGUGCCUCCACAUCUCCUGGAGAAGCUGCAGCUCGUGGCCUGGAUGGUGUAUGUGCCAUGGGUAAAGAACUGGAUGGAGGGCUGCGCCAAAAGAAUUGUGGUGAACAGAGGCAAAUCCAGUUGGCGUCUGGUCACAAGUGGUGUCCCCAGUGCUCAGUAUUUGACUCACUUCUAUUUAAUCCCUAUCAGUGAUGUGGAUGAGGGAAUUGCGUGCACCCUCAUUAAGUUUGCAGAUGACACCAGGCUGGGUGGGAGUGUUGAUCUGCUGGAGGGUGGGAAGGCCAUGCAGGGGGAUCUGGACCCGCUGGAUCAUUGGGCUGAGGCCAUUUGUAUGAGGUUUGACCAGAUCAAGGGCCGGGUCCUGCACUUGGGUUACAACAUCCCCAGGCAGCGCUACAGGCUCAGGGAAGAGUCGCUGAAAAAUUGCGUGGUGGAAAGGGAUCUGUGGGUGUUGACUGACAGUAGCUGA